UGUAAUUGGAGGCUCGGCUUCUCCUCGUGCUGCACCAGCUCCCUCUGGCUCUUCUGCUUUUGCAGGACUAAGCAUUAGCGCCUCUCCUCGUACUGCGCCUCCGCCAUUGCCGGGCUCUGCUAAGGCUCCGAGUACAUCGGCACGUGGAAAUGCCGAUGAUGCCGCACAACCAGGAGGAAAGAAGAAAAAGAAAAGCGUCAAGUUCGGUGGCGAGUCUUUCCGACCACUCACAGAUUCGGAUACGCUGAUGCAACAAUUAUGAGAGGCUUGGACUUCAUCUUUCUCACUUCCUGUAUUCAAAUUUUUCUGAGCAUCACCCCUUCUUAGAAUGUCACGUGAUCUCAGAAUGCCAACUCUAACUCGUGCUUCCCCCAGAGCCAGAGCUGCACAGAGCAGUCCUGUUGUGCCCAUUCUGUCGACUACGGGCAGCGGACCUUCGAAGGAGGCGAAGGGGAAAGGGAAGAAGAAAUAGCACUCUUUCAGACAACAACAGAUUUCGGUGGUAAUUUGUUACAACUAUCUAAGUACGUUCCGGUGUAAAAACAAACUGGACGUUCUCGGUUCGAGAUAAUUAAUUACAGACUUGAUCGGUAUCGUCUGUCUUGCCUGUGCCGUCGGUUUCGAUAUUGUGACGCUUCCACUUUUCGCCGCACAGCUAUUACAACUAAGUAUCUAAGUAUCAAAUAAUUUCUUGUUUACAUUCUGGUCUAGGAGUUAUGUUUCUUAUAAUUAGUGGUCUAUUCGAGUUUACAACCACGUUGAUACGAAAGUCGCCUGUUUUUUCAAAGGCAAAAAAGGUUGUGAUUUUAGAUCCUACCUAAGAAUCGUAACGAAGCUGGAGGCGUUAUGGUGAUUUCUGAUUCAUCAUCUUCUAAGAUAUAUAGCCCUAGCGUUGAGACUUCAGGUAGUUAUCCUAUCCGUUUUGGAUUACUAGAGGUCCUCAUUGAUCUCUUUUUUUGCACAGAGUUUCUUUGUUACUCUCUACCAUCUUUGCUAUCGUACAGAAUUAGUUUCUGCACAGGAAUUUCGCCAUGACAUCUUUUCCGAUUGCAUUAUCUAUCAUGAUUACUUUUAGAACAAUCCUCACCAGAAGUAGCAGUACAGUACUAGACUAGAGCAGUCUGUCACGACACUAUCAGCAGUUUAAGUUCUCUCGAUGAAGAUUUUGUCCCACGAUCGGAUACAGCACAAGGUCAAGGUCAACAAGGACAGGGAACACAGCAGACUUUUCUCAGUAGACAAACACAAACUAGCUACUAUGUAUAAUUAGCAUGAUGUGGGACAGAUGAGAUAAAAAACAUACAGAAGUAGAGCGGAAUUCUCGAAGUCGCAUUUCCCGUUCUAUUGACAGUGAAAAUGGCGACAGCAGCGCUUCUUUCAACAAGGGUAUCUACUCU